AUUAUAUAUGCCCGUUCUGAUAUGACUCUUGGAUUGCAGUUUGAGCUGAAGGAACUCAAGAGAAAACAAGAAGAGGAGGAAGAAGAACGACGACGACAAGAGGAAUUGGCAAGACAGGCUGCUGCUCCUCCACCACAGUCACCGGACCAACCAACAGACGGAGUGGAUGGUUCAGGAGAAGACUCACACCUGAAUGGAGAUGAGCAUGAUGAAUCACGUGAAGCUGUUGAGCCACCUUCGGUCGUUGCUUCCCCCAAGGGCCACCCCCAUACAUUGCCCCGAGAGCAUGAUGAGAGCGCAGCUGUGCAUCGAGGUAGUGCAUCCAGCACCCCACGUCCCCCCUCCACUCCUACCACACCCACUUCUGCUGCCGCUGGGGCUGGGCGGGGUCGGCCAGCUUCCGCCACCCUCCCUGCUGCCACUUCGCCCCCCACUCCUGCUAGCAAGGAGUCGCGACGGAGGGUGCGUUCUAGAUCCAAGUCUCCAUUCCGCUCUUUCCGCUGGAAGAAAACCAAGACUUCUCCAUCCGAAGCACCGGGUAGUGCAUCUGACGAUGAAUCAAACCUGGAAAGGGCAGCAGCCCCCAAACACCCACCCUCAGUGGCUCCCUCAACGACCGCUACCUCAGCAGUGGCCCCCUCGGCCCCAGCGCCAGCCAAGGAAGAACGACCGAGCCCGACUGGGGACGAGGACUUGGUGGAAGGGAGUCUGGUGCGUAAACAUGAGUGGGAGUCCACCACCAAAAAGGCAUCCAACCGAUCAUGGGACAAGCUGUACCUGGUGCUGCGAGGCAAUAUGCUGUUCUGCUACAAGGACCGGAAGAGCUACCAGGCUGCUCCAGAGGUCUACUUCAGGGCAGAGGGCCCCUGUGACCUCUCUGGGGGACAGGCCUCUGUGGCUGAUGACUACACGAAGAAGAAGCAUGUGCUGCGCCUGAGGCUGGUUGGUGGGUCUGAGUAUUUGUUCCAAGCCAAAGACGAGGAGGAGUUGAACAUGUGGGUCAGUGCUCUGCAAGUUGCCACAUCCUCCGAGGGUUCUGCUGGGCCUUCUCGCUCGCAGACACUGCCUGCCGGCUCUGAGAAGAAGGAUGAACCCAAGCGACGUAGUUUCUUCACUCUUAAGAAGAAAUAAUGGACAAGUUUGAGUCUGUGACUGACCACUCUCCCUCCAGUUCCUGGCCUCCUUUUCUAUAGUCAUUAUUCUUUCUUCUGGUAUUCUUCUCCUGUGUCCUGGGUCUUUUAAACUACUGUUAUACCUUUUAUAAAUGCCUAUUUCAGACCCAGCAUGGGAUACCCGCAUUAACUUUGGAUUGCUGCUGCUGGUGUAGGCUUCUGUUGUUGGCAACUAUUACUGCUGAGGGAGUGGGGACAGAUAUGCUGUGCUUGGCAUCAUCAGCUUACACUCAUGCUGAGUCUCCCCUACUGGGUCUGAAGGGUAGCAUCAUGAAAAUUGUGCUGACUUUUUCUAUAAUGACAGUUUUCUCACCCAAAAGAUUAACUGAACUUUUAAUUGUAUUACCAAUAUCAGGCAUGAAGUUAAAUUUUCCCUGACAUAAAAUGUUGAUAGUUUUGUGUACUAGUUGAGGUGGAAGAAAAUCUGAGUGUGUGCAGUUCCCAAUGUCUGCCUAGCACUGCCAUGGCUGAAUGUUCCUCUCUUGAGGGAUAGUGUGGAAAUAAUAUAUUUAGUGAAUUCUCAUAUGUCCUUUACUUUACAAAGAUAAUGAUUUGUUAAUUUUAUCUGUCUUUAGCUGUAGUAUCACAGUUUUGACUAGAUAGCACCUAUGUAAUUGUACUGUACAGAAAAAAAGAUAGAACUAUAACUAUUGUGCUGCUUUAAGCUUGAAUUUACAAAGAAAUCAUGUACUACUUCACAGCUGUUUAAAUCAUUACCAGAGUAUGAAAGCCAGCCACCAAAUUAGUCUUGUAAAUGGGUAAAUGUACUUUGCUUGGGAGUGUAGAUGUGUCAUGAAGAGAUUUCUUUUUGUUAUCAUUUUUCCCCUUCAAGUUUCAGCCUUAAGUUUUCAUACAAAAAAUCAAUCAAAUUCAGCAUUUCGGCAUCAGCACUGAUCUGGAGAACUUGGGAGUCCUUCAUGGAGCAGCCAAGUCCUCCCCCAGCAGUGGCAAGAGUCCUGUGGUCCCGAUUAGCAUGGUAGGACUUGCCCCUCACCCACACUGUGCUUGACUCGUGCUUUUUAUCAUCUUCAAUUUUUUCCUGCUGAAGUGAACUGUUGCCUGCUGGAGUCUCGUCCAUGGAAAUUUAUUAACGAGCACACAGUUGCAUGCAAAAUAAACUGCUUGUAUGCAACAGUGUGUCUCUUUUGCAUUUUUACAGAACAAUUAACUUUCUAGUCAAGAGGCUAAAAGCAAUAAAAAGAGGCAUCUUGUGGUAUCCAUAUCUUUGUUGUCUGGGGUCUAGGGGCCUGACCCUUAACACCCAAUCCCAUCUGUGUUUCAUGGUUGUUCAUUGGUAGUUGUGACUUUGGCUUGUGUUCGCGAGUGUCCCUCUAGCGUCACCUGACCCAUAUGUUGUGUGUCCAAAGGCUCCAGCAGCACAGCAGCGCGUGGCAGCAGUACUGGUGACUAAUGAUGGAUUUGUGUAUUGUUCCACCACUAGACAUCUUUCAGUCAUCCACCACUAACUAACUUUUAAUGGAAGGAUGCUAGGUGAAAAAUUGCUUACGGACUUCAUAGCUGUAGGGUAAGAUUUCUGACUAAAUUUACUCGAAUGAAGUAAUCUUAAUUGUUACAUAUAAAAGUGACCACUGUAUAUCAUAUAUUGUGACACUUAAAUAAAAUUGUUUAAGUGAU